AUGGCCAAUGUUUUGAGUAUGUAUCGUACCGUGAAAAGACUUGGUAUUCCAGACUCCCAGAUCAUUUUGAUGUUGAGUGACGAUGUCGCUUGUAACCCUCGAAACCUUUUCCCAGGAUCAGUAUUCAAUAAUGCUGAGAGAGCGUUAGACUUGUAUGGUGAGAGUGUAGAAGUGGAUUACAGAGGAUACGAAGUAACAGUUGAGAAUUUUAUUAGAUUAUUGACAGACAGGUGGGAUGAGAACCAGCCAAAAUCCAAGAGGUUAAUGACAGAUGAAAACUCUAACGUGUUCAUUUACUUAACUGGACAUGGUGGUGAAGAUUUCUUGAAAUUCCAGGAUGCAGAAGAGAUUGCUAGUCAUGAUAUUGCUGAUGCGUUAGCUCAGAUGCACGCCAAAAAAAGAUAUAAUGAAUUGUUGUUUAUGAUCGAUACUUGUCAGGCAAAUACCAUGUUCUCGAAGUUUUACUCGCCAAAUGUUAUUGCAGUUGGGUCAAGUGAACUUGAUGAGAGUUCAUAUUCACAUCAUUCUGAUGUUGAAAUUGGUGUUGCAGUGGUGGAUAGAUUCACUUACUAUACCCUUGAGUUCAUGGAAGCUAUUGAGAAGAAUUCGACUUUGACGCUACAAGACCUCUUUGACUCGUAUACUUUUGAAAAGGUUCAUUCUCACGUUGGUGUCAGAACAGAUCUAUACCCAAGAAAUCAAUCAGAAGUGCUAAUUACUGAAUUUUUUGGUAAUGUGCAAAACCUAGUCCCAGCAGAGAGUGAUGUCGAUGCAAGAGCAAAUGAAGACGUUGAAUAUGAUAAUUUGUUGAACGAUUUAGCAUUUUUGAAACACACUGAGCUGCAAAAACAGAGGAAUAACUCUCAUGGAUCGCUUAAAGUCAGUAAAUCCAAGUUGAUUAAUGGUGACCAAGCCAUUUACAAAGGAGCUGUAGAAACCUAUAAUAUUAAACUGGUGAAAGCUUUGGGAGCUCUGGUACUGAUGUCGAUUAUUGGUCUGUUCAGAUAUUUGGUUUUGUCUGCAGAUAAGAACCUUUCAAAAUUAACGAACUUUUACUUAUACAAGGAACAUCCCACAAAUUCAUAG